AUGGAGGCUAAGGGUGAAGUACAGAUCGAUGGAUUUGUGAAUGAUGCUGCAAUAAACGGAGGAGAUUCAGGUCAUUCUGUUUAUUCCUGCUUAUUCAAUUCUUAUAACAUCUGUUACUCUAUAUUCAUUUGGUCGAGAAGAGAUAAUCCAUGUGAAGGGCAAUACAGACUUGCAUUUAGCUGUUGCGAGAAACGAUGUGCAUCAAAUAAAGAAGUUCUAGAAGCAGUAGAAGAGUUGAUAGAGAGUAGCCCAGACGCUGUUAAAAUACCAAAUAGUUGUGGAAUGAACGUGCUGCACUUAGCUGCCCAAAUUAGUCAAGUGCGAAUUGUUGAUUACUUGAAUAAAAGAACAGUUCUAAAAGAUCUGGUGAACCAGGGAAUUAGGAAGCCUCCAAGUAUGAACGGGGAAGGUGAAAAAUCUCAAAUUGCGACGAAUUAUCCUCCAUUAAAGAUAGAGGCCUUGGAAUGGGGAGACACACCUCUUCAUAUUGCAGCAAGGAACAAAAGCUUUCAUAUGGUGAUUUCGCUGCUGAACAUACGGGGCAUAAAGAAGGAGGCGCUCAAUGGGGCAGGCUUAACAGCCGUGGACAUUGCAAGAGAAAACACGGAGUACUACGAAAGUUACGAGAUAAUCGCACUACUGGCUGAUUAUGCUUCCAAGGAAAAACCUUUCCUGUACAGCGCUCCAAAGGUCAGUGUGCAAAAAUACGAGAAUGCCAUAGAAAUGGUGAAUAAGACAUAUGAUGCAAGGCGCGACAAAGAACUAGUGGUGGCAGUGUUGUUAGCCACAAUGUCAUUCACUGCGGUCUUCACCAUUCCGGGCGGCUUCAAGACAGAUAUACAGAAAGGGGAGACAGAAAAUCUCUUAGGCAUGCCGAUUUUUAUUGGAAUCGAGUCCUUUAAGCUGUUUAUCAUUUUUGAUUGCAUGGCAUUUUUCCUGUCGCUGUUUGUGGUGCUGAUGUGGCAGAUGAGCACACCUCUUACCACGGGAGACAAGGUGUUCUUCCUAGUCGUCAACAACUUGUUCGUUUGCGCUUCCUAUGCCUUUACGGCCUGCGGUUUCGUGGCUGCAGUGUAUACGAUGCUUGCCCAUAAGCAUCAACAGCUGGAAUUGUUCAUGUUUUGGGCAUCCAUUAUUGUCGGCUGCUCUGCUAAUCUAACAUUUUUCUACUUGGCGGCAAGGUUUUCAGUGAAGCUGGCGAGAUUCAACUGCCUGCGUGGUGUACAUCCUUUUCUUCGUGAUCGUCUGGUACAUUUUGUGUGGUUCAAACUAGAGAAGCGUGGGGUUUUGGACUUCCUUCGCGGCAUCAAAACAACAUUCAUAAAUUUUCUUUACAGCUAUAACCUUGGCAAAAAUGGGACUGCUGAAAUCACCGCCUGUCAAGAUUGCCAGAUCCGCCUCCUCUGAAUCGGGACUAAAGUACCCAUUCUAAAGAGGAUGAACUCUUCUGAGUGGUGAUCAAAUUCUCUAGGUGAUGUCCUAUUAAGAAAGAAUCUUUGGAUGCUCUAUGUGAAGUAUCUUAGGAGUCACAUGUGGCAACAGGGAUAUUUUGCAGUAUAAGGUUCAGUGGGACUACUAUUGAGUGGACAGUGCCAUUUGGGAGAAAGCUGAGGAUAUUGAGCAUUUCAUCUUAUAGACUAUUUUAGUUUCAGUUGUGUGUUGAAUAAGAUAUCAGGAUGAUGUCUCUUCUUAGUGGGGAAGGAUGUCAUAAUUCGAUUUUCCAUAGAUUCUUAUUAAAUAAUUAGACAUGGAUAAUAUUAAGAAUAAAAGUAUGUAAUUAGACUUUUGAUUUA